AUGAGCGCCACCGAAGUAUCCUCCACCCGCCUCUAUCUGGGCAACCUGCCUCGCACUGCGACAAAGGCAGACGUUGAGUCCCACUUCCAGAAGCAUGGCACUGGCAAAAUCACUGAGAUCAAACUCAUGAAUGGCUUCGGCUUUAUCGAGUACGAAGACGCUAUGGACGCGCGCGAUGUUGUUCCUGCCUUCCACGGAUCGGACUUCAUGGGUGAGCGACUCGUCGUUCAAUUCGCUCGCGGCUCCCGUGCUCGCAACGAGAACUUCCCCAACCAGGAGCGAGUUACGCCCCGUCCGCGUCGCACCCCGUUCCGGAUGGACAUUACAGGUCUCUCUACGGACACUUCUUGGCAGGACCUCAAGGACUUCGCUCGCCAGAAUGGCCUGGACGUCGUCUAUUCUGAAGUUGGCCGCGAACGUGAUGGCAAGGGCUUCGUUGAGUAUGAGACUGCCGCCGAUUUGAGAAAAGCCGUGGAGAUGUUAGACAACCAAGAGUUCAAAACCGCAACUGUCCGUUGCGUUGCCAAUACUCAAGAAGACCGUCGCAGUGACCGCUUCCGUUCUCGUUCCCCCACUGGUGGUCGCCGCCCCUACGGAGCUCCCGGCGAUGAUUACUAUGAUCGUCGAGGACCGCCCGGUGGCCGGGCAUAUUCACCUCGUGCCGACUACCGCCGCCGCAGCCCACCUCCUCGCGACUACUACGAUCGCGAACGAUAUGGUCGUUCUCCUCCCAGAGUUCGUGGACCUCCCGAAGACUACCCCCCGCGUCGCUACCCAGAAGAUCCUUACGAGCCCCGUGUCCCUCCCCGUGGUGGAUACCGUCCGGACCCGUACGCCAAUGGCCACGAUCGCGGAUACGGGAGGCCUUUGUCACCCCGCGGACGUCCUCGUAGCCCUCCACGUGCAGGUUAUGAUGACCCUUAUGCAGCGCGUGAUCCGUACGCUCGUGCUCCCUACUAA